AUGAAGCCACCAGCAAAAAGUGCAAAGGUCCUCGGGGUGUGCCUCCUCACCGGCACGGCAGCCUCGCAGCAACAACUGCAGCAGCAGCCUCUUGUUGCCCAGCCCGGCGUCAACACGGCGACUCAUAGCCUCAACUCCUUUCAACCCAGUAUCACCAAUACGGCCAGCCCGAGUUUCAACUCGCUCAGCCCAAGCUUCAACUCCCUUGGACCCAGCAUCACCAACACGGCAAGUCCCAGUGUCAACUCGCUCAGCCCGAGCGUCAACUCUCUCCGCCCCAGCCUAUCCCCCAUAAGCGCACAACCGCCAUUGGUCCCGGUAGGCCAGGUGGCGCUCGGCGGUGGCAACAGCAAUGGUGCCGGCUAUGCGAGCUGUGCCGCAAUUGGAAGGGCCAGCAUACCCGAAUGCGCCAUGGACUGCUUCGCCACGGGGGCCGCGGCGCUAGGCUGCGCCGUACAUGACCUCGGAUGCCAGUGCCGACAGCAGGCGCGCAUGAUGGCCGCGGCUGAGGGUUGUGUCGCCGAGACGUGCCCGGGGGCUGCUUACCAGCGCGUCAUAGACGGUGCCAUGUCCAUGUGCGGAUGUGCCGUCGGUGUAGCGACCGCCGAAGUAUCGGGGUUAAUAGCGAGACCAGGUCCGACCGGAACUGCCUCCGUCUCGGCGUCAUAUUCUUACAUGAGCGGCAGCGGCUUCUCCGUGGUCUCAUCCUUGACGGUCAUCAACAAAGCGGCCUCCGGUACCGCAACGCCAAGCUUCAUGCCCCAGGUAGACCAACCGAGCCAAAUGGUGCCAAUCCACAAGAGAGACGUCGAGGAAGACCACGAACCGCCAAAGAGCUUCGAACCGGCUAACAAGGCCGCAGUACAGGCCAGCUCCGGGACGUCGUCUAGUCAUUACGGAAAUAUGCGUAUUUCGGGUUGGGUCAUAUCGGUUGUACCUACAUUGUUGGUUGGUCUGAUUGUAUAGAAAGAAAAGAAGAGA